CCCGCCUCGGCUCUUUGUUUGAGCGGCGAGAGGCUGGGGGGGAAAAGCGGCAGCGGCGAGACGGGAGCGGCGCUCGCUGGCCGGGCCGUGGGGCAGGGCCGGGCCGGAUUCCCCCUCCCACGCCGGGACCCCCGGGAGCAGCCGCAGGACCAGUGCCCCCCCCCAGUAUGGCUGGGGCGUAGCCCCCCCUUCUGCAGCCCCAUCUACUGGUCUGGUUCCCGUAUGCGCCCGGAGCGGGGCCCAGCCAAUGAGAGAGCGGAGACGAGACUCCUCCCACUACGGCUGCGCUAGAGGACGGAUGGGGACGAUGAUUGGCAGCCAGAGGGGGGGCGCCGCAUGAUUGGCUGGAUUCCUGGAGAGAGUCGCAAUAGUGGUGUAUGAGGCUGUGACGGCUCCCCACGGCGCCGGGGGAGUCUCAGCCAGAAGGAGCCGCGGGGGCUGCCCGUCGCUCGCACCCCGGAGGGGGCGGAGGGGGGGACAGAGGCAUCCAGCUCAGCAGAAGUGGCUGGAUGCAUCGCACCGUGGAACAGCUGGGGGGCCGGGCCGGACGGGAUCCCUUUGCUCUCAGCAGCCUGAGCUGCGGCGGGGCCUGGAACCCCGGCCACUCCCGCCCAUGGCUCCCGGGCGGCAGGUGCUCUGCCAGCAUCGGACAGUCUCAGCUGCCCCCACAUCUCCCAACACCUCAUGGCACUAAUAUCGGGCACCCCAACAAACCCUAUUUCCCCUCUGGGAGUUCUGCCCCCCGGCCCCUGCAUGGCAAGCUGGAGGCCAUCCACGGCUGCGUGCAGGCCCUGCUGCGGGACCCAGUGCAGCCACAGCUGUGGGAGCAGCUGGGGCAGGUCUACGAGUCGGAGCAGGACUGGGAGGAGGCCGUGCGGUGCUACCAGAAUGCGGCCCGCUACCAGCGCGACUAUGGGAACUACAGCGAGAUCAGCGCCCGCAUCGGGCGCCUGCAGCAGGCUCAGCUGUGGAAUUUCCACUCGGGUUCGUCCCAUCACCGGAGCAAGGCCCUGCCCCCCCUGCAGCAGGUGUGGAACCUCCUGCACCUCGAGAAGCGGAAUUUCUCAGCCAAGCGCAGCCCCCAGCUGAAGCGGCCGGCGCCCCCCAUGGAGCCCCCCGUGGUGCAGCCCAUCCCCCCUGCCCAGCACCCACCCCACCCCGGGCACAGCGAUGAGCUGCCCAGCCCCAUGAAGAGGAGGAGGAGCGCCAGCCCUGAGCAGAGCGGGAACGUGGCCGGACAGCCCCCCUCGGGGACCCCCCACUACCAGCUGCCCAAGCCCGGACUGUGGAACCCCCUCCAUGGCGACACAUGGGGGCCCGAGCGCAAGAACGUGGCUGCGCCGGAGAGACAGGAGCCGAGGAAUUCGGUCGCCCACCCCUUCCCGUACCCGGCUCCCGCCUACGGCUCGCACCCACCCCCACACCGCCUGCCCCCUGGCCCCCGCCCCUCUGGAGAGAGCCUCGGCAGCCAGGCCCGCUCCACUGGAAGUGACCUUAGAGCCAGCCGAGUUCCCCGGGGGCGGCCGGACCCCAGCACCUCACCAGCCAGCGUCACCUGCGUGCCUUACACCCCGCGGCCCCCCCCGGCCGGCCCCUCCACCAGCAAGACCCUGCGGCGGGAGCCGGGCCCCAGCUUGGUUCCUGACCGUUACCAAACCCCAGCGCCGUCCAGCCCGGCCCCGGAGAGUGUGGAGUGCCCGCCCCCCGGUCCUGCCCCCCGGCCCUCCUCCAGCCGGCCCUGCGCCCCCCCGCCCCCCUCCUCCGCCAGCCGGGGGCCCCCCGAUCCGGGCCCUGCCCCGCCCCCCCUGCCCUGGCUGAAGGGCCCAGGCGUCCGGGACCAGGGGGAGGGUGCGGCCGGGGGGGACCCCCUGGACGAGAUCCUGUUCGGGUGUGGGGGGGAGCCCCAGCUGGGUCCCUGCGACUCGGCCGGGCCCCGGGGGGGCUUCCAAGAUUCCACCACCAGCAGCCAGGGGAGUAAGGGGGCCGGGGCGCCCCGGCGGGAGGGCGAACCCAGCCCCCCACCGCCCCCCACCCCCUCCCCGCCCCCGCCCACCUACCACUGCGCCUUUGCCAAGCAGGAGCCCCCCGGCCCCCCCGACUUCUGGCUGGAGACGCCCCCCCGCGAAGCUCGGCCGCUGGAGGGCGGGGAGGGGGUCCCCAAGUCCUCCCCCGGCCCCCCAAAUACCUCAGGACACUUCAGGCCCCAGCCGAGCCCCCCGCCCCCACCGCCCAGGGCCUCCUACCCAAAGACGCUGCCUCCAGAGCCGGGGCCCCCCCCGGAAAUGCCCCCCGGGGCGGCCCGGCGCCUCUUCGACUUCCCCGGCCCCCCCCUGGAGGACCAGUUCGAGGAGCCCCCCGAGUUCUCCAAGAUCCUGCCCGACGGCUUGGCCAACAUCAUGAAGAUGCUGGACGAGUCGAUCCGGCGGGAGGAGGAGGAACGGGAGGCCGGGCCCCCUCCCGGCUUCCCGCCCCCUCCCGCCCCGCUCCUGCCCGGCCCGCCCCCCCUGGCCAGACCAAAGCCACCGCCGGCCCCCCCGUUCGAGUACCCCAAGCCGGAGCCGCCCCGGCUCUAUCCCUUCGGCAAGCGGGAGGAGGCAGGGAAGGGCCCGCCCAGCACGGCCAGCCUCCUGCGGUCGCUGGCCAGCGUGCUGGAGGGGCAGAAACAUGCUUACCGGCCCAAGCCCCCCGCCGCGGCGAAGAAGCCCCCGGCCCCGCCGCCGCCACUGCCACCGGCGUCUUCCUCGCCGUAUUCUACCUCAAGCCAGGCCUGGGCUGGGGGCGCCCGGGGCGAGGAGCCGGCGGGGGCCUCGCCGGAGCCCCGGGCCCCCAAGACGGAGUCAGAGGUGCUGGAAGAAAUCAGCCGGGCCUGCGAGACCCUGGUGGAGCAGGCGGGGCGGGAGCCCAGCCCAGCCCCCCGGCCGCCCACGCCCCCAGCCACGCCGCCACGCCGGCCGGAGAAGGAGCACCGGCGGCACCGGCGGGCGGGCAAGGACGGGCGGCGGCACCGGCGGGAGGGCAAAGCCCCCAAGGAGAAGAACCGGCAGGUGCUCGGCAACCUGGACCCGCAGCGCACGGACUGCCAGGCGCGGGAGAACGGUGCCCAGGGCGAGGCGGGCAGAGCCAGCAAGCCGUCCCCGCCCGCCGCCUCCCAGUCCGAGCGCCGCCCACCCACCCGCAAGGAGGAGGGCCCGGGCCCCGCCAGCGUGUGCCCAGCCGACCUGCUAAAGCUGCGCUCCUUCACUGAGGGGCCCCCCAAGGAACUCAAGAUCCGGCUCAUCAAGGUGGAGAGCGGGGACAAGGAAACCUUCAUCGCCUCCGAGGUGGAGGAGCGGCGCCUCCCGCUGGCCGAGCUCACCAUCGCCCACAGCGCCGCCGACGUGGUGCGGGCCAGCAAGCACGCCAAGGUGAAGGGGAAGUUCAAGGAGUCGUAUCUGUCGGCCGCCCAGUCCGUCAAACCCCUCAUCAACGCCGAGGAGAAGCUGCCCCGAGAGAAACUCAACCCCCCCACGCCCAGCAUCUACCUGGAGAGCAAACGCGACGCCUUCUCGCCCGUCCUGCUGCAGUUCUGCACCGACCCCAAGAACCCCAUCACGGUCAUCCGGGGGCUGGCCGGCUCCCUGCGCCUCAACCUGGGCCUGUUCAGCACGAAGACUCUGGUGGAGGCCAGUGGGGAGCACGCCGUGGAGGUCCGCACCCAGGUGCAGCAGCCCUCAGACGAGAACUGGGACCUGUCGGGCACCCGCCAGGUGUGGCCGUGCGAGAGCAGCCGCUCGCACACCACCAUCGCCAAGUACGCCCAGUACCAGGCCUCCUCCUUCCAGGAGUCGCUGCAGGAGGAAAAGGAAAGUGACGAGGAUGACACCGAAGAACCCGACAGCACCACGGAGACGCCCCCCAGCAGCAACGCGGACCAGAAAUCCCACCAGAUCAUCAAAUUCGGGACCAACAUCGACCUGUCUGACGCCAAGCGGUGGAAGCCGCAGCUGCAGGAGCUGCUGAAGCUACCGGCCUUCAUGCGGGUCACAUCGACGGGCAACAUGUUGAGUCACGUGGGUCACACCAUCCUGGGCAUGAACACGGUGCAGCUCUACAUGAAAGUGCCAGGCAGCCGGACACCAGGCCACCAGGAGAACAACAACUUCUGCUCCGUGAACAUCAACAUCGGGCCAGGCGACUGCGAGUGGUUCGCGGUGCACGAGCAUUACUGGGAGACCAUCAGCGCCUUCUGCGACAGGCACGGCGUGGACUACUUGACGGGCUCCUGGUGGCCCAUCCUGGAGGACCUGUACAAGUCGAACAUCCCCGUGUACCGGUUCAUCCAGCGCCCCGGGGACCUGGUGUGGAUUAAUGCAGGCACCGUGCACUGGGUGCAGGCCACGGGCUGGUGUAACAACAUCGCCUGGAACGUCGGGCCCCUCACAGCCUAUCAAUACCAGCUGGCCCUGGAGCGCUACGAGUGGAACGAGGUGAAGAAUGUGAAAUCCAUUGUGCCCAUGAUCCACGUCUCGUGGAACGUCGCCCGGACGGUCAAGAUCAGCGACCCCGACCUCUACAAGAUGAUCAAGUAUUGCCUCAUGCAGUCCAUCAAGCACUGCCAGGUGCUGCGGGAGACCCUGGUGCGUUCGGGGAAGAAGAUCGCCUACCAGGGCCGGGUGAAGGACGAGCCGGCGUACUAUUGCAACGAGUGUGACGUGAGUGCCGGGGCUGCGAGGGGGGGUCCCCCUGCAGCUGCUAGCUACUGGCCAGCUCCUCUAGCACCCGCAGGGCACUAGAGGUCGCUGUGUUGCCAGAUUUCCCGUCCUUCGGCCGAGACAGCCACACCCCUCGGCCUCGAGGGCUGGCGACCCGGCCCAACCCGCACCUGAGGGCGUCCCUUCUGCUUCCAAAUCUUCAACCUGCCGCUUCAGUCGGAGAUGGGAUCUGCCGUCCCUGAACUGUUGGGCAGAGUUACUGUCUGGCUGCGCCUCCUCUCAGAGGUGGCCGCAGCAGAGACCUAGAUGGAUUCCGCUGUGACAGGGUUUAUGGUUAAUAAAAUCCACGGUUAAGGAAAGACACCUUUGUGGGCAGCAGGGAAUACAACAUCCCAGUUUGAGCUCUGUGCAUGAGAUUUGUUUACUCUGUAAAAUGCCUCCUGUCCCACAUCCAGUUUGGGAUUUCGUUGCGGCGUCAACCUCGUCCGCACUAAGAGACGGGUCCAUAAUGGGCUAAAAGCCAGAAACAGUGAGUAUGAAACGCGGUUUGUUUAAAAGAGAGAGAGAAAAGGGCAGGUCGCGAUUUUUGGAUACCCUGGGCACGUGGCUGCAAACCCAUUGCCUUUGAAAAAGGAAGAGAUGGAUCGUAAUCACGGGUGAAGAUGGUGGAACGGCUCGGCCGGAUAGGGGAAAAACAGAGCAACGACAAAACGUGGUGCAAACGUGGUGCGAACGACUCAGUGAAAUGCAGAAGAGGAACAUGACGAGAGGGACUCGACGAAACGGGUCAAAACCGGAUUAGCGACUUGGCUAAAAUUGGUGGAAACAGAUUAGCGAGGAGUCUGUCUACAUGGGAAGGAAAUGGAUUACUGACUCGUCGUAGGGGGGAGAAAAUGGAGUCGAGAUUUGGCUAGAGGUGGUGUGAAAGAAUUUAGCCAAACGGCACAAACAGGAUGCAGACGGAUCAGCGACUCGUCAGAAUGGGGGGCAGAGUGGCUAGUGACUUGGUUAACGUAGGUGGAUUAGCAAUUAAACAGGCCAAAAACGGAUUCAUCCUUUGGCUAAAUGGGAUGAGCACGGAUUAGCCAAGCGGCUACAUGUGCUGAAUCUGGUCAGCGUGGCAUAAAUUGAUUGGUGACCCAGCUGAACAAGGUUUAAAUGGAUUGGUGACUCCACAGAACGGGACACAGAGAGUUAGUGACGCGGUGAAAUGCUGUGCUGACCGAUGAGCAACCCGGUCAGACACGGCGUAAACGGUUUAGCGACUCGGGUAAUUGGGGUGCUGGUGGAUUAGCCACUCAAGGCAAAGCCACACAGGUGGAUUCGCGACCUGGCUAACCAUCGCAGGAAUGGAUUAGCCGCGUGGCGACCCGCCAUGCAGACAGGUGAGUGGUUUGGCUACACACGGCAGAACUGGGUUAGCCGUGCGGCCACACCGGGAGAAGACGGAUGAGCAACUGGGCUAAACGUGGUGCAGAUGAAUCGGCGACGGGUGAAGAGGGAUGAACUGAGAGAAGAGGAGGAGGACCGGGCGCUUGGUGUCCAGAGAAGGGGAUGCCGGAGCCCCGGAUGGGAUCGGAGACGGCCGUCAGCAGCCAGGGCCGGCCGCAGAGCCAGUCUCGGGGGAAGAAGCAGCUGGCCGGCUCUUAAAUGCAGCCCAGCUUAUGUGACGUGGCUCGCCCUGCCAGGGAUCCCCGGGGACCCUCCAUGGGGCUCGGCAUCGAGGGAGAGCCCCUGGCUCCAGAGACCUGACACCCGCAGAGCACGGACUAGUGUGCAAAGCAUCUGGCACCGUCGCUGUGUGACCACACUGUCUCAUGUGCCUCUUAAAGCACCAGGGCAGGAGCCAGGACUCCUGGGUUCUCUCCCCAGCUCUGGGAGGAGAGUGAGGGCUGGUGGUUAGAGCGGGGGGGGGCAGGGAGCCAGGACUCCUGGGUUCUCUCCCCGGCUCUGGGAGGGGAGUGAGGGCUGGUGGUUAGAGCAGGGGGGGCUGGGAACCAGGACUCCUGGGUUCUCUCCCCAGCUCUGGGAGGGGAGUGGGGGCUGGUGGGUUAGAGCAGGGGGGCUGUGAGCCAGGACUCCUGGGUUCUCUCCCCGGCUCUGGGAGGAGAGUGGGGGCUGGUGGUUAGAGCAGGGGGGGCUGGGAGCCAGGACUCCUGGGUUCUCUCCCCGGCUCUGGGAGGAGAGUGGGGGCUGGUGGUUAGAGCAGGGGGAGCUGGGAACCAGGACUCCUGGGUUCCACUCCUGGCUCAGGGAGGGCCUGUACCCGUAACCGCGGUGGCUAUGAACGCAUCUUUGCAAAGCGUACAAAUAAAGCUCUCUCCCCCGACACUGCGCCGGCUGCUUCUCUUGUUAGUGCCCCAAUCACCACCAUGAUCCAGGCCACCCAGCCUGAGCCCCACGGCCUCUGAUGGGGUUGGGGACUGCGCACUGGAGGGAGCGGGGUUUGUGGACUGGCUCUAAUACGUUCAUUAACACAGCAAAGGAUGUGGGGGGCUGGGAGCCAGGAGCCAGGACACCUGGGUUCUCUCCCCGGCUCUGGGAGAGGAGUGGGGGUUGGUGGGUUAGAGCAGGGGGGGCUGGGAGCCAGGAUGCCUGGGUUCCAUUUCUUGCUCUACCCUGCUCCCAGUUUCCAUUAGGGUGGUGGCCUGGUGCCACGCCACUCUCCUCUCCGACAGGCGCGGUGCAGCCAGCAGCCAGCAGGGGGAGCUCAUGCCCGUAUGUCCCGCCCCUGCAGGUGGAGGUGUUCAAUAUCCUGUUCGUGACGAGCGAGAAUGGCAGCAAGAACACGUAUCUGGUGCACUGCGAGGACUGCGCCCGCCAGCGCAG